GAGCGGGUAGUUCCGGUUCCGGUGUGACCCUCUCCGUUGCUGGCUACAGUUGUCGCGGCGUUGGGUCGCUAGGAACAGAGCCGAGAUGCUGCGCAAUCUACAAGCUCUGCGUCAAAUUGCCCAAAGGACCAUAAGUACUGCUUCACGCAGACAGUUUGAAAAUAAAGUUUCAGAGAAACAGAAGCUAUUUCAGGAGAACAAUGGGAUUCCAGUGCAUCUAAAGGGUGGAGCAGCUGAUGCCCUACUGUAUAGAGCAACCAUGGUUCUUACAGUCGGAGGAACAGCAUAUGCCAUAUAUCAGCUGGCUAUGGCUUCAUUUCCCAAGAAGCAGGAUUGACUCAGUUUACCCUUCCAGCAGUUGGUUCUGUUUAACCCAGUGCUCUAUGGACCAGUGAAUGAAUGAAUAACAACUCUUCUUUGGGGAUCAAUAUUUAUUGACUUGUACUAACUGCCACCAAUAAAGCGGUCUUUACCAUG